AUGGAUUCAUUGUAUGUGCCUGGCGUUGAAGCUGGGCCCCGUUCUUCAAGCCGCUCCCCACUGCACUUACACCCACAUCACGGACCGCAGCAUCAACUUCACCUUCACAGCGGCCGGGAAGCUGGGGAUUCGCAACAAAUCCAACACUCUCACUCGACCCAUGGCCUACCUGCUCUAAGUGUGCCACAAGUUGAUAGUUUUCCGGGCAAUAGUCCUGUCUUUCCCGCUGACUUGAGUGGGUAUGCCAGCAACUAUAACAACCGUCGAGCUGAAAUCAGUACCGUGGCCCAUGAAGCACACCAGCAUCGACAGCAACAAACACACCAGAGAAAGCAACUGCCUCAUCAGCGCCAAGGCCAGGAGGUCGGGAGGCAUACCGACACACCUGCGUCUUCCACUACGCCUGGCCUUUUUGACGGCUUGAGCUCACCUGCAGUGACACCGAACUCACCCGCUCAGCCAACAUCACACCAUGGGCAUGGCGUCACUCCGCUGAGAGAGGAGUCCUCGGCGGUCAAAGCAUGGAGACAAAAGUUGUUCGAUCUGGAGGAUAUCGUGUUACUGAACAACGAGGAGUACGAGGCGUACUUCCCCUGGAUCGACAACAUUUACAGCCACCGCUCGACGCAACAGUACAAAAGCAAGCCCUUUGAAGCGAAGUAUUAUGACUGUCGUCUCAAGGGCCGCCCUUCGGGAACCAAAAAGUCAGAUGACCCCCUGAAGAAGAAGAGGAAACGAAAUGCUCGCGGUCUUGGCUUGUGCGAUGUCAAGAUAAAAAUCACCAAGUAUGAGCCAGGCUCUACUGCAGAACUGGAAGCUGCCGCCACGAACAAUCCGGAACUUGGGCAGGCUCUUGCGCGUAUCCGACAUCAGGACCAAGUUUUGUACACUUUUCAACGCAUCAACGGAAGUGUCACAAACGGCAUUGGCGACGGCAAACCUGCAGAGCACAAACAUGACUUGGCAAGGAGUGAUCAAAUCAAGAAGAGCACAAGACAUCGAGAGUUGGCCGAGCAGGAGAUGGAACGGAAGCGGUCGAAACGACAGAAGGAUGUGAAACGCCCACCAAAGCCGUCGUCAUUAUCACCUUGGAAGGCAACGGGGCUUGCCGCCGAGACCGCAAAGAAGCAUGCCAAAGAAGGCGUGAUCAAGUUUUACGCAUCCUGUUUCUGGCCGAUUAGCCCCUUUUCGCAACGAGUCUGGAUUGCUCUGGAAGCCAAAGGGUUUGACUAUCAAUAUUGCGAGAUCUACCCUCUGCAAAAGCCGAAGCCUACCCUGCUGCUCGAAGCGAAUCCGAGAGGCCUGGUGCCCGCCAUUCGACAAGGUGACUGGGCUUGCGCAGAAAGCACAGUCAUUCUUGAAUAUUUGAAAAAGCUCGUAGAUUCAGGCCAUGGAAAUUUAGUAUUGCUGCCUACUGAUGCAAGAUUGAAAGCAAAUUGUCGGCUGUGGAUAGAAUUUAUAAACUCAAGAAUAGUUCCAUCAUUUUACCUCCUCGUAUCGGCUACUGAAGAGGAACCCAAGAGACAAGCGGCGGAAAAGCUGGAGCGAGAUAUCGCCGAGCUGGUCCAACACGCCGAAGAAAACGGACCGUUCUUCUUGGGUGACCACUUCAGUCUUGUCGACAUUCACCUCGCCCCUUUCGCGAUCCGUUUGCCUUACCUUCUUCACCAACUGCCGGGAUGGACGCAACCUCUGUUGGAGAUGAGGUGGAAGAAGUGGGUUGAUGCGCUGGAGCAGAAUGAGUAUGUCAAGAAUACGACGAGUAAACCGGAGCUCUAUGAGAAGUCGAUGGGAGAUCUGAUCAAGGCAUUUCAGGCGAGAUUCCAGGGGGGUGAUGUCUGA